GUUUCAAAAAUAUUCGACCAACAAGACAAUUCAACCUAUCCUACCCACUUUGUCCCAUCCUUGGUUAUUAUCUAACUCCUAAGAAGACACUCACCUACCUAACCCCACCACAGAUCGCACAAAUGGAUCCUGCAUCGUCCAAAACCAAAGCUUUAGCCCUUCCGCUUCACAUCUUAGGCUUCGAGAUCGAUGAACUGUCUACAACACGUGUCACCGGUCGUCUUCCCGUUUCUCAAAUCUGCUGUCAGCCUUUCAAGGUGUUACACGGUGGUGUAUCUGCUUUGAUCGCUGAGUCUUUAGCAAGUAUAGGAGCUUACAUGGCUACUGAUCUCAAAAGGGUGGCUGGAAUUCAACUCUCGAUCAACCACUUAAAGAGUGCCGAUCUUGGAGACAUUGUGUUCGCCCAAGCAUCUCCUGUAAGCUCGGGGAAAACCAUUCAGGUUUGGGAAGUCAAGCUUUGGAAGUCAAGAAAAGAAUCCCAUAACAAAACCUUAAUAUCUUCCUCUAGAGUCACACUCCUCUGUAAUCUUCCUACCCCUAGUCAUGCCAAAAAAAUGUAUCGGACCCACUCAAAAUGA